AUGGCGACGACUGGAGGCGCAUUCAUUGCAGGCGGUAUCGCAGCAUGCGGUGCGGUCACCGUCACCCACAGUUUCGAGACAGUCAAGAUUCGUUUACAAUUGCAAGGUGAAUUGCAGGCCAAGAAUGAGGCUGUGAAGAAAUACCGAGGUGUGCUGCACGGUGUCAAGGUGAUCUUGCAGAAUGAGGGACCUCGGGGUCUGUUCCGGGGCAUUGGAUCUGCCUAUGUGUACCAAAUCCUGUUGAACGGCUGCCGUCUGGGCUUCUAUGAACCCAUCCGCUCGAACCUCACAACCGCCAUUUACAGUGAUCCCAAGGUCCAAUCUCUCGGUGCCAACAUCUUCGCUGGUGCUGCUUCCGGUGUUAUUGGUGCUGCCGCUGGAUCGCCAUUCUUCCUUGUGAAGACUCGUCUUCAGUCAUACUCCCCCUUCCUCCCGGUCGGCACUCAACACAACUACAAGAACUCGUACGAUGGAUUGAGCAAGAUUUACAAGGGCGAGGGUAUCAAGGGUAUCUACCGUGGUGUUGGAGCUGCUAUGAUCCGUACCAGUUUCGGCAGUGCCGUCCAGCUCCCCACAUACUUCUUCGCCAAGCGCCGUUUGACCCGCCAUUUGGGCAUGGAGGAGGGCCCUGCUCUGCAUCUUACCAGUAGCGCGGCUUCUGGUUUCGUCGUGUGCUGUUUCAUGCAUCCUCCUGACACGAUCAUGGCCCGAAUGUAUAACCAGACAGGUAAUCUGUACGGAGGUGUCUUUGACUGUCUUCUGAAGACCAUCCGCACUGAGGGCGUCUUCGCCAUUUACAAGGGCUUCUUUGCCCACCUGGCCCGCAUUCUACCCCACACUAUUCUGACCCUCAGUCUGGCUGAGCAAACCAACAAGCUGAUGCGUCGCGUCGAAGAUCGGGUUUUGCCCAACUCUUUCCGCGAGGGAAUCUAA